UAAUAUAUUUAUUGAAAUUUUAUUUAUAUAUUGUUAAUUUAUUAUUGUUUGAGAAAAAAGGAAAGUUUAUAUUUGGUUUUGUGUUUAAUGUAUUUCAAAGAUUAAGUUUAGAGGUGUUUUUGGGUUUGGUUUUUGGGUUUGAAUUGUUACGGGAUAUUGAUUUUUGUUUCUGAUUCAAAGAUUUAUUGUACUAUUGUAUUUUUUUCAAAAGUAUUUUUCAAACGAUUCAUCUUGAAAAGAUUUGUCGAAGGAGUUUCUUUGAAAGUUACGUUUUCCAACUCGAUAUUUCAUCUUCCUAACCGUUGUGAAUCAUGCCGGGAGACUUCUUGAUUCGAUGCAAGAUGCCCUUUCUGUUGUAAGUCGAUCCUGACCAAAAAGUACUGGGGAUUCAGGAUGGGAAAGCUUUUGAGUCUUCUGGCUCGGGACGAGUCUACCUGUUGCACGCCUCAAAAGUACGACGUCUUUUUGGAUUUCGAGAACGCACAACCAUCGCAUAUCGAACGGGAGACAUUCGAUGCCGUUCAAAGGGUCCUGAAAAAUUCCGAAUCUAUUUUAGAAGAGAUUCAAUGUUACAAAGGAGCCGGUAAAGAAAUAAGAGAAGCAAUAUCGGCCCCUACGGAAGAGUGCCAACGAAAAGCUUAUUUGACCGUAGCACCCCUCGUAGCAAAGCUCAAAAGAUUCUACGAAUUUUCUUUGGAAUUAGAAAGCGUGGUACCAAAAAUAUUAGGACAAUUAUGUUCCGGUAACUUAACACCAACGCAACAUUUGGAAACCCAACAAGCAUUGGUCAAACAACUAGCCGAAAUCCUCGAAUUCGUAUUGAAGUUCGACGAGCACAAAAUGAAAACACCAGCAAUCCAAAAUGACUUUAGUUAUUAUCGUAGAACGUUAACGAGGGCAUCGUUGACAAGACAGGACAAUGCGGAGAGGGACCUCGUUGUUGGGAAUGAGUUGGCUAACCGAAUGUCCUUGUUUUACGCCCACGCAACCCCUAUGCUACGUGUCCUUAGUAACGCAACCAUUACCUUCUUGAUGGACAACGAAGAUAUUCCGAGGGAAAACAUAACUGAAACUCUUGGGACGAUGGCUAAAGUCUGUUUGAGAAUGUUGGAAAAUCCAAAUCUGUUGGCCCAGUUUCAACGAGAAGAAACUCAAUUAUUCGUAUUGAGAGUUAUGGUAGGAUUGGUUAUACUUUACGAUCAUGUUCAUCCACAGGGUGCUUUCGUUAAAGGUUCGAACGUUGAUGUAAAGGGUUGUGUAAAAUUAUUGAAAGAUCAACCACCAUACAAAAGUGAGGGUCUUUUAAACGCGUUGCGUUACACGACGAAACAUUUGAAUGAAGAGAACACACCGAAAAAUAUAAAAAAUCUUUUAGCAGCAUGAUUACCGAAACAACGCGGCUGCUGCAUCAGAAGUUGAUUGUUUUCGAUGGCCGCGAAUUAAAAACAAAUAUCUGAUUUACGAAUUAAUCGUAACUCAAAUGCGAGGUCACUAUCAUUUUUUAUUCAGCGUAUUUUAAAUAUACGACGGACAUUACGUGCAAGAGUUUUAUGCGAAUGAAUUGAAACGACCGAAAGAAUGCAAGCAAGUAAACGAGCAAAACAAAGAAAAGCAAAGAAGAUAAAAGGAUUGAGGAAGAAAAGAAAGAAAUGAAAAAAAAAAAAGAGAAAAAAGAUGUCCGUGUGUAUGUACGCCAUGAUUAUCCCUAAAGACCUCCGGAUCCUAACGAAUAAAAUAAAAAAAUACCAAAAAACCACAAUCACCACCACCAACACCACUACUAUCACCAUUCUGUUUAUUGUGGAUGCUGGGCUAUGGCUACUGGACCACGAUGUCUUUCGAAAACGCUAAAAGUUUAUACAAAAAAAAAAAACACUCACAAAAACAAAAAAAUAUGAAAUAAAAAGCUGCCUCUUUGAGUCAACUGCCCCCGAGUUUGUAACACCGAUGGCAUGUUGUAAGAAAAGAACAAAAAAA